UGUUUUUUCUGUUCUUUAAUAAAAAGUCGACGCGUUCUUCCUUGUGUUUUCUUCAACAACCAAGAAUCAAAAGUUGAGCUCAUCGUUAAAAGCGGACGCGCGUUGACAAGUCAACGCUUCCCCCUCCUCUCUCUGUAUCUCAAAUCGUAGGUCGUGUCACGGUAACGGCAUCAUCAUCUUCGUCGGAACAAGGGAGAAGGGAGAAGGGCGAUUCUGUGUUGGCGUAGGAUGGCCACGUUCUACAUAUCGCAUGGAUCACCGACGCUGUCAUUUGACGAGGAGAUACCUGCUAGGCAUUUCUUAAAAGCUUGGGAGGACCAAGGUUUUUGCCGGAGGCCCACUUCCAUUCUCGUUAUUUCCGGCCACUGGGACACCCCUGUGCCAUCCGUCAACGUCAUAUCUGGCCCCAACCAAACCAUCCACGAUUUUUAUAACUUCCCCAAACAUAUGUACAAGCUCAAGUACCCUGCACCGGGAGCUCCAGAACUGGCUAAGAGGGUGAAGGAACUGCUCAAAGCAUCAGGCUUCGAGCGUGUUGACGAAGAUAGAAAGCGAGGGCUUGACCAUGGUGCAUGGGUCCCCCUAAUGUUAAUGUAUCCAGAGGCAGAUAUCCCAGUGUGCCAACUCUCCGUUCAAUCAGAUAGGGAUGGCACUUAUCACUACAACUUGGGGAAGGCUUUAGCCCCUCUUAAGGAGGAAGGUGUUCUCAUCAUGGGUUCUGGUAGUGCUACUCAUAACCUGAGAAACAUUUUACCCAGGGACAGCCCCGUUCCUUCUUGGGCUUUGGAUUUUGAUACCUGGCUUAAAGAUGCUCUUGUUGAAGGAAGGUAUGAAGACGUGAAUCACUGGGAUGAGAAGGCACCAUGUGCAAAAUUGGCUCACCCCUGGCCAGAUCACUUUUACCCAUUGCAUGUUGCCAUGGGUGCCGCUGGUGAGAAUGCAAAGGCUAAACUCGUUCACCAUAGCUGGGACAUGGGUACCCUUUCUUAUGCCUCUUACCAGUUCACAGCAGCUAUCAAUUGAAUCGACAUUGCAGAAUUAAGCUAUUAUAUUGAAUGUGCUGUCUCAUUAUGGUCGGAGAGAUCUGCUGUUAUGCUAUCUUUAAAGAAGAUUGGAUACUCUAAAUCCAUGUUUGUAUGAUGUUGUAACAAACCCUAUUAUGAGUUAUGUAUCUUGAAGCAAUAAACACCGUACCCCAUGCCUCUAUUAAUCUCUCAGUUUCGGUCGCAUUUAAUUACUUGUAUGUCUCUGGUUGGCAAACUGAUGUUUCAAUGGACCAUAAAAACUCAAGUGGAA